AUUAAAACAACCACCAAGUCUCACUUGUUAAAAGACCCCCUUAAGUUAGAGGAGGCAGAGAGGCAACGGCAGGAAAGAAAAAAAAAAUUCAAGACGUCUGGAAAAAAUUAUCCGGUUCCUGAGAAGCCUCAUUGAACCAGCAUCCGCCAGAGACGUUAUCCCGAUGCCGUCCAUCUAUGGGACGCUUUUCUACCGACUACUUUCGGACUAGUUUUGGAGGACUGAAACCAAAAAAGAAGGAAAAGAAACCAAAAAAGGGGGUGCUUUCUGGUCCGAGAAGAGGGGGUCUUGCAGAGAGAGUUGGGUGGGGGUGGAGCGGUUCUUUUAUUGGAAGAGCGCACGCAAUCCACCCCGAGAGUUUUGGAGAGCGAAGCUGAAUUUUCCAGUAGCACUCACCCCAAUCAAUACAGCUCCAAGUCUCCAAAAUACGCGUGGGGGGAGACCACGUUGUAGCAACCCACCCUCCCCGCCUGCUCCCCACUUUUUCAUGUUGUUUUUAUUCUUUUUUACCUUUUUGGCUGGCCGCCUCAAAUUCAUCUAAUCUCCCGUGACUUCACUUUUGGAAACUGUUCCUCCGCCAGUCCUGGGAGACCACACAGAGGGCUGAAGAUCUUUAUGACCGAAAGCUGAACAAGAUGCAUUGUGAAAGGUUUCUAUGCAUCCUGAGAAUCAUCGGAACCACGCUUUUUGGGGUGUCCCUCCUGCUCGGAAUCACAGCCGCAUAUAUUGUCGGCUACCAGUUCAUCCAGACCGAUAAUUACUACUUCUCUUUCGGCCUAUACGGGGCCUUCUUAGCCUCCCACCUCAUCAUCCAAAGUCUGUUUGCCUUUUUAGAACACAGAAAGAUGAAAAGAUCGCUAGAGACACCCAUUAAGUUGAACAAAACGGUUGCUCUCUGCAUCGCCGCCUACCAGGAGGACCCCGACUAUCUGAGGAAAUGUUUGCUCUCCGUGAAAAGGCUAACGUACCCCGGGAUUAAGGUGAUCAUGGUCAUCGACGGGAACUCGGAAGAUGACCUCUACAUGCUGGACAUCUUCAGCGAAGUCAUGGGCAGGGACAAAUCGGCCAAUUACAUCUGGAGGAACAACUUCCAUGAGAAAGGUCCCGGAGAGACAGAGGAGUCACACAAAGAGUCCUCGCAACACGUCACUCAGCUGGUCCUGUCCAACAAAAGCGUGUGCAUAAUGCAGAAGUGGGGGGGAAAGAGAGAAGUCAUGUACACAGCAUUCAAAGCACUGGGGAGAAGCGUGGACUAUGUUCAGGUCUGCGACUCAGACACGAUGCUUGACCCAGCCUCAUCGGUAGAGAUGGUCAAGGUCUUAGAGGAAGAUCCGAUGGUCGGAGGAGUUGGUGGAGAUGUGCAGAUCUUAAACAAGUACGAUUCCUGGAUCUCUUUCCUGAGCAGCGUGCGAUACUGGAUGGCUUUCAACAUCGAGCGAGCUUGCCAGUCCUACUUCGGCUGUGUACAGUGUAUCAGUGGACCGCUGGGUAUGUACAGGAACUCCCUGCUCCACGAAUUCGUGGAAGACUGGUACAAUCAGGAAUUCAUGGGCAACCAGUGCAGCUUCGGGGACGACAGACACCUAACCAACCGCGUGCUCAGCCUGGGCUACGCCACCAAGUACACAGCCCGGUCCAAGUGUCUCACGGAAACCCCCAUCGAGUAUCUGAGGUGGCUGAACCAACAGACCCGCUGGAGCAAGUCCUACUUCCGGGAGUGGCUGUACAAUGCCAUGUGGUUCCACAAGCAUCAUCUGUGGAUGACAUACGAGGCCGUGAUUACCGGAUUCUUCCCUUUUUUCCUGAUCGCCACGGUGAUCCAGCUCUUCUACCGGGGCAAGAUCUGGAACAUUCUGCUCUUCCUGUUGACGGUGCAGCUGGUGGGCCUCAUCAAGUCUUCCUUCGCCAGCUGCCUCAGGGGGAACAUCGUAAUGGUUUUCAUGUCGCUCUACUCAGUGUUGUACAUGUCAAGCCUGCUCCCGGCCAAGAUGUUCGCCAUCGCCACCAUCAACAAGGCCGGGUGGGGCACUUCCGGGAGGAAGACCAUUGUGGUCAAUUUCAUAGGACUCAUCCCGGUGUCCGUUUGGUUCACGAUACUCCUGGGCGGUGUCAUUUUCACCAUUUACAAGGAGUCCAAAAAGCCAUUUUCAGAGUCGAAGCAGACCGUUCUUAUCAUUGGUACGAUACUGUAUGCGUGUUAUUGGAUCAUGCUUUUGACUUUGUAUGUGGUUCUUAUCACCAAGUGUGGCAGGCGGAAGAAAGAGCAACAGUAUGACAUGGUGCUCGAUGUAUGAUCUUAACUUUUGAAGUGGGAAAACACACACACACACACACACACACACACCCCACCCCUUAAACAUUUUCUCGAGGGACUGUAGAAUAUUUGUGGCAUUGGGGAAUGUCACCAAGGGAAUCACAUCACUGCUGCUGGAACUUGAAUAUUACCAUUUCUAUGGGUUUCUUUUGAAUCUCUGCCAAAGUCAAAUGAUACACCAUUUAAGAACAAACUCAGAGUUAACCUGUUAUUUCUAUGAAAAUAAGAUGAAUUCUUUGUUUAUGCACUUUUUUCUUAGUGUGCAUAUGCCUGACAGUGUUUUGCCCUAUAUACCUCACUGAUCAUGCUUAUGUGGGUUAUCAAGGAAGAAAAGGAUUUUUUGAAAACUCAAGGAAAAGUUAUUUUAACCCUCACAAUCUAAUUUAUGGACUGUUUUGAUAGCUAUUUUUUUUAAAAGUGAGGGUCUUUUGUUUUGGUCUACCAAAUGUCAUGCCAAAGGAGAAUUUUUGCAAAUCCAUUGGCGAUGCUGUAUUUUUAUAUUAUUGUAUUGUGUUAUGUAUUUUGUAUGCCUACUUUUACGACAAAAUUUUUGCAUAUUCUCUAUUUUACUUCUCUGACAAAAUACACUUGUUCAUCCUUUUUAAA